AUGGCGCGGUUCCUGAGACUUUGCACUUGGCUGCUGGCGCUUGGUCCUGGCCUUCUGGCUACGGUGCAAGCGGAAUGCAGCCAGGACUGCGCGACUUGCAGCUACCGCCUUGUGCGUCCCGGCGACAUCAACUUCCUGGCUUGCACGCUGGAGUGUGAGGGCCAACUGCCUUCUCUCAAAAUCUGGGAGACCUGCAAGGAGCUCCUGCAGGUGGCCAAGCCUGAACUUCCUGCAGAUGGCACCAGCAAGCAGGAUGAGAGCCAUUUGCUGGCCAAAAAGUACGGGGGAUUCAUGAAGAGGUAUGGGGGCUUCAUGAAGAAGAUGGAUGAGUUGUAUCCCGUGGAGCCGGAGGAAGAGGCCACUGGAGGUGAAAUCCUUGCCAAGAGGUAUGGAGGCUUCAUGAAGAAAGAUGCAGAGGAGGGAGACACUCUGGCCAACUCCUCAAACCUACUGAAAGAGCUGCUGGGAACAGAUGACAAUCGUGAGAAAGAAAGCCACCACCAGGAGGGCAGUGACAAUGAGGAGGAUGUGAGCAAGAGAUAUGGGGGCUUCAUGAGAGGUCUCAAGAGAAGCCCCCAGAUGGAAGACGAAGCAAAGGAGCUGCAGAAGCGAUAUGGGGGCUUCAUGAGAAGGGUGGGCCGCCCGGAGUGGUGGAUGGACUACCAGAAAAGAUAUGGAGGCUUUCUGAAGCGCUUUGCAGAGUCUCUGCCCUCUGAUGAAGAAGGUGAAAGUUACUCCAAAGAAGUUCCUGAGAUGGAAAAAAGAUAUGGAGGAUUUAUGCGAUUUUAA